AUGGCUUUAGAUUUACUGCAAGUGUCACCGCCAGGGCCCUCCUACAUCUGUCUCGGUGGGUUUACAGCAUUGGUUCGUCCCAACUCCUUUCGAAUGCAUGUACUCGUUGUUGCCCUUGUUGACUACGAGCGGUCGUCAUUGGGUGGUUUCUCGCUGGUGUCCUUCCUAAUCAAAGAGAAGCUUUAUGUCAAUGAAGUCGUCCUGGGAUUCGUCUUCGGGAUCAUCAUUGGUCCUUUCGUUAGCAACAUCUUCGCACCCCAUUCGUGGGGUUCCUUGAAUAAUACCAUAACGCUAGAGGUCAUGCGCAUCGUCCUCGUAAUCGGCUUGUUUGCAGCUGGAGUCGAAUUACCACGUGCAUAUAUGAAAAAGCAUGCCAAGAGCUUACUCGUAAUGGUUGUGCCCACCAUGGCGUUUGGCUGGGUUGUGGUGGCCGCGGUCAUCCACGUGUUGUUCCCGAAACUCGAUUACGUCUCGGCUCUUUGCAUCGCCGCUUGCUUGACCCCUACGGACCCGGUAACAUGUGCUGCCAUCACGCACGGCGAAUUUGCCAAGAAACAUGUUCCCGAGGAUAUCCGCCACAUCUUGUUGGCCGAGGCCGCAGCCAAUGACGGCCUUGCCUACCCUUUUCUUUCGAUAUCUAUAUAUCUCACCGUAGAGACGUCCGUUCAAACUGCUAUUGGCAAGUGGUUUUUGGUGGGAUGGCUAUAUCAGGUCAUCCUUGGCACCACUUUAGGGGCCGUUCUAGGAUUUUUGUUCUCCAAGUUCAUGAAGAUAUCCCAUAAACAGGGCUUUAUAAAUCAUGGAUCUUACAUCUCUCAGUACCUGGCUCUCCCCAUCUUUACUAUGGGAAUUGCGAGCACCGUUGGUGCGGAUGAUCUUCUUGCAGCAUUUGCAGCAGGGUGUGCAAUAUCCUGGGAUGGGCACUUCCAUAAACAGACAGAAGAUGACUCUUUCUCUUCUGUGAUAGAUUAUGUCCUGAACUGUUGUUGUUUCAUUUACAUCGGCGCUUGGCUACCUUUUCAUGCCUAUGACUUUCCCGAGUAUGGCAUCACUCCGUGGAAGCUUGUUCUCCUUGUGAUCGCUAUUAUGGUCUUGAGGCGGAUUCCAUUCUUAUUGGCUGUAUACAAGUUUGUUCCCGAGAUUAAGAGCUGGCAGCAAGCUCUAUUUUCUGGUCACUUCGGUGAGCAGCUCUUUUAUCUAUGGCAUUGCUUUCACCUCAAGUGUCUGAAUCCUGCAUACAGGCCCAUCUUCGUGUCUGCCUUAGCGCUCACACGUCUGCCUACUCCGGAGAAUCCACCUGCAGAUCAAGCGCAGUGCCUCGCUGCAACUAUUCAGCCUAUUGUGUCCUUUGUCGUCCUUGGUUCUAUCAUCAUCCAUGGCUUAUCAAUUCCGUUCUUCAAUAUUGGUCGUAUCGCAUGCUCUCGCACGACUCGGUCAAGCAAAACAUCGGCCGACCAUACUCCUGUUGCAGACCCGCUAUGUUAA